GCAUAUGUGGUCGUCAUAGGCAGGGGUUACGUUAUUAUGCUGCACGCUGCACUAAAGUGCCAAUUUAAGGCUGACAAGGACAACAUGAACAAGAUCAAUCCAAUUACCAUGUGAUAUAUCCGUUCCCACGUGUAAAUAUUUCCUACAAUACCUACCUACCUACGAUACCAACAUCCUAUUCUCUACUCUAAUACUUCACAAGUGUCCGUCUACCCUUAAGACCGGUCAACAAUCGACUCUCCAGCGUGUCUAAGAGGCGGAUCUUCGGAUGGCCACCCGGCCUCUCCGGUAAGAUGUCCACAGAAAAUAGCGAUGCCAAUGCACCCAACGACAAGAAGGAGGUCAAGAAGGUAGAGAAGUCGUAUCUAGCUAGCGCCGUAGAUUCCAUCAACCCGUGGACCACAAAUCGAAGCACCACGCCGACUCCGAAAGAUGCCGCUCCAAAAACGAGUAAGCCGGUACCUACUAGGAAAGCCGAGGAUCAUAGCACAAACACUCUUUACGGCCAGAGUUUCAGAAGAUACCCGUUGGAUUGCCCGCCGUUGAAUGUUAUGUGGUUUCAUGCUGUAGAUGUCCCCAAACGGAAACCAAAUUUCCUAAAGACGAAGAAGAAAGAAGAAGACGGAGCCAAGCAAACGCCACCGAAGAAAUUUGUCGCAUUCUCUAAGAACGAUUCCAGAUCGAUCGAAAAUGCCUACCAAAAACUCUUGGAGGAGCUCGAGGACGAACGAGGCAAGGGUUCGACAAGCAAGCAAAUACGCUCAAGUUCUCGACGGAGGAGAGCUGUGUCAUCAGAGGAUGAACCUAAUACCAGCAUUGAUGGGGAGAAUAGUCCGCAACAAGGUGGUCUACGGGUCCCGGUCAACGAAGACUUCCUGUUCGAUGUCGAUAUAGAAGAACGUGAAUUGGCGCCGGUAUAUUGGUUAGGACCCAUUUACGAAGUCCGCCGUGGCACUUGGUUCUAUCAAGAAGGAUCCACCUUGCGACCCUGCGAGGAGAACCUGGCGGCUCAGCUCGAGGAAGGUUACUUGAAAAUUAAGCCAUGGACGUAUCCUGCACCAAGCAUUCGCAGUAGCUCCGGAGUACAGGAUGUCACCCCCAAACCAUCCUCGGAAAACCUAAAGGCGGCCGCCAAGUUGCAGACUGACGGUUCACUCAAGUCCCCUCAGCUCCCAGUGCAACACCAACCACAGACUUACCGGCUCUUCGGUACUUACAUGAACAGUAUAGCAACUUAUCAGGACUCAAACACUGCAUGGCUAUCCUCAGAGAGUGUAUUUUCCUGGGUAACAUCGACGGUAUAUCAAAGAUUUGCUGGCGGUGGUUAUAUGAAUGGUGUAAAACUUGUGCGUGGCUACUCGGAGCCUGGAAAGACAAAAGACGGGAAAAGGCCACCUACACCCACGACCGCUACUCUACCCCCCGAAAAAGUGGACGACAAGCAAGAGAAGGCCAUCAAGCGAAGAUCUGCCCCGCCUAGUACACGUUCAGAUGAUACUUCAGACCUAGAUAAAGAAGAUGAUGAAACUACAACAGAGGCUCAGCGUCGAGAGAAUCGCCUGAAGCGGCAGUUUUCAUCAUUUAUCGAAGCUUCCGAGGACCCAGAGAAGCAGGAUGAGCAAAUUAGAAAGCGUGAGGAACAAGAAAUCCAGGACGACUAUAAUGGACAGGACGGUGAAACGCAAGGACGUGACAUCGAGCAUCUUGUUCUCGUUACCCACGGGAUCGGGCAGCUCCUAGGACUUCGGAUGGAGAGCGUCAAUUUUGUCCAUGAUGUUAACAUGUUGCGAAAAACAAUCAAGGGGGUGUAUGCACAUUCAGCAGACUUGAAAACUCUUAACAAGGAGAAUGAUAACGGGCCCGGCAAUUGUAAAAUCCAAGUUCUCCCAGUUUGCUGGAGACAUUUACUGGAUUUCCCCAAACGACGAGAAAAGAAAGGCGAGACUGACUUAGGUGACAUCGGAGAUGAAGAGGAUGAAUAUCCUUCUCUGGAGGAUAUUACUAUUGAAGGGGUCGCAUUUGCUCGUUCUCUUAUAUCAGACCUCGCUCUGGACGUUCUACUAUACCAAAGCGCCUACCGAGAACAAAUUGCUGAGAUAGUCCUAAAAGAGUCGAAUAGGAUCUAUAAGCUCUUCAUGGAGCGAAACCCCGACUUCAAAGGCAAGGUUCACAUUAUCGGUCAUUCGUUAGGCUCCGCAAUCAUGUUCGAUAUCCUCUGUAGGCAGAAGGAGAGAUCAAAACCACCAGAGACACCCCGUCACCCCCUGCGCUUCUGGCCCUCUCAAGAGCGGUUUGAACCUUCUCAAGACCAUCGAGACCUUGCCUUCGACUUCGAAGUAGAAGACUUCUACUGCCUCGGUUCGCCGAUUGGACUUUUCCAAAUGCUCAAAGGGCGUACCAUUGCAGCCCGGAGCAAGCCAAAUGCGGCCUCAUCUGAAAGUCCCCUCAAUCCAGAAAGCGUAGAAGACCCAUUCCGCUCUUCCAUUGCAUCAGAUCAACGCAUUUCAGCCAUUACAGGUCAUCCAUUCUCAGUAUCGUCGCCAAAGGCAGGACAAUUGUUCAAUAUAUUCCAUCCUUCUGAUCCGAUCUCUUACCGCCUAGAGCCACUAAUCUCACCCGCUAUGUCGUCCCUCAAACCCCAAGUCUUACCCUAUACCAAAAAGGGCAUCUUCGGUGCUGUAGCCCCACAAGGAUUAUCAGGCCUCGGCGUCAAAGUAGGCCAGAGUGUCAGCGGACUCUGGUCUAGUUUCAGCGCCGGCAUCGCCAGUAGCAUCCUUAACCGCAGCCUUGGGCUGAGCAACGAGGACGUUGCGAACUUUAACGCCGCGAAUAGCAAUAACAAUCCUUCACAGCCAAUACCUCCCGGAGCCGGUACGAAUAUCGUUUCCGGCAGCGUUAUCUCCGAUACCAAUGCGCAGUCCGAGAAGACAGACGCGCGGAAGAGGGCGCUGGCCCGCCAGAACUCAUCAAACGGACCAGGGGGUAGUUCUAGCUACGACGCAACGCUCAUCGACGAUGAACUCGAGACGCUAUACUCCCAAUUCCAGAGGAAGCGUGUCGAGGAGCAUAAGAAUAGCGCCAGUCGCGCUGAAGAGGGCCAAGAGCUUGGUGAGGCGUGGGCGGCCGAGGAGCUGAAGGCGCAGAAACUACGCAGGGAGGAAGCGAAAGUGCGCGCCCUGAAUCGAAAUGGCAGGGUUGAUUACAGUAUCCAGGAAAGCGCGCUUGACUUCAACCCUAUUAACACCAUCGCCUCGCACAUGAGCUACUGGCAGGACGAAGACGUCAGCCAUUUUAUCAUCUCGCAGCUCUUAUCCCGAAAGAAAGAAGACGAGAAGCAGAAAGGAGACCAACUCCUUCUCCGCAUUUGAAAGAAGAAUGGCUUAUUCUCCUGUUUGCUACGGAUUGCAUCACGUCGCAAUACGUUCGUUUAACCUAUGACGUUUUGUAUACGCCAUAACCCAUUACGAAUCCCAAGCAGCACUACUCAAUUAUCUCACACGAAGAAUGAAUAUAUUUAACUAUCUUAGCUACCGCGGUACAUAGCACCUAGGAAAGCUCCGCUUACUUUCGCGCCGCACCACAGGUGUAUAGCACAUGACGAACACGCCCUCCCACAAUGCAGAUCGCAACCGAAGGCAAGCCAGGUACCUCGACGCCGUAUAUACUCAUACCAAACACGGAGCUACAUAGGCUUAGGAUCCUCAGAAUCGUAGUCUAUCGAUAGAGAUAAUGCUAGGCUCGGCCCAUACAUACACUACACCUUUCAAAUUUCCCCUCUUCCCCUUUUCUGGAAAAAACGGAGUUGGCGCCGGAUGGAUUGAUUGGAUGGGCGUAGAUAAUAUGUAUGUCGAUAGAUACCUAGAUACCAUUUUAAAUAGCAUGAUAGAGUUAGGCCCGCGGCCCACAACAAAACAACGACGUUGACGAUGCCUUCCUAGUACAUAGGUAUAUAGUAAGUAACUAUCUGGUGAUUAGGCC